AUGUUUUCAUUACGGCAAAUAAUUCGAUACGGAACACAAUUGACAUUUACGAGAGAAUUUAAAAAUUUACAUCAGAUCUCAUUAAUUCGAAAAGGAAAAUUUAAUUUUGAUUUACGUGAUUCAAUUUUUAUUCGAACGAAAACUAAUCUUUCUGAAUCACUAGAAAAAGAAGUUAAUGAAGAUGCUAAGAAAAAAGUGCUUGGCAAAAUUGAAGCUAAAAUCAAAGUGAUGUUUACAUGUAAAAAGUGUAAUUUUCGAAAUGGAAAAAUUAUAUCGAAAUUAGCUUAUGAAAAAGGAUUAGUUAUAAUUCGUUGUGAUGGUUGUAAAAAUAAUCAUUUAAUUGCUGAUAAUCUUGGAUGGUUUGAGGAAUUAAAAAAUAAGCGAAAUAUUGAAAGGUUAUUGGCGGCAAAAGGAGAAACAGUUCGAAAAGUGUUAAAUGAUGUUGAUGGAUAUAUCGAAGUAGUUGCUAAAGCAGAAUUUGAUUUAAUACAACAUAAUAAAGAAAGAGAACAACGUUUAAUUGAAGAACAAAAAGAUAUACAUAAUAAAAAUGAAAAGGUUACAUCUUCGAAGGAAUUAAAAUAAAGAUUGUUUACAAAAAGAAAUUUUUAUUUUGAUAAGAUAAAGAUCUUAUAUAAAUUCCAUGAGACUUGCCUAUUUAUUCAAUAUAUUAAAUGUAAAUAUAAUUUUAUUAUGAAAACAAGUUAAAUAUUAUGUAAUUUUAAUAUCAAUAAAAAUUUAAUUCAUAAAAAUGAUCUUGGCACAUGUAGAAAUUAUAUGGCAAGUUUUGGAAUUAUAAUAUAGUGAUAUUUGUAUCAAUUAAUAUGUACAUGUAGAUAAUGUAUCUUUCAUAAAAAAUGUCUUUUUUAACAAUGAAAUAUAUGUAAUAUAAUUAAAUCUUUUAUAAAUGUGUACAUAUAUAUAGUACAUAUAUAUAUAUAUAUAUAUAUAAAUAUAAAAUAUAUAAUAUUGAAAACAAA